CUGUCAGGUGCUGGUUCUUUUUCAAAGAGUCUAUUAGUUCUUUGGUAUUCAUUGACUUAUCUUGCAUACAAAUACACAGUCAUCCUCAUUACCAUGUCCACCGUUAACCAUGCCGAGUCCUCGCCCCAAGCCCUCGUCAAGGGCGCUUUGGAUUUGGAUCCGUGGUUGGAGCCUUUCCAAGGAGAAAUGAUCAAACGUCAAUUGAAGUUUAGAGACUGGUACAAUAAGCUCCUGAACACCGAAAAUUCUCUCAGUGACUUUGCAUCCUCCUACUUGACCUACGGGUUACACGCUGACUGGGACACAAAACUGGUUUCCAUCACUGAAUACGUUCCUGAUGUCGAGAAAGUAGCGCUUGUUGGCGACUUCAAUAACUGGGACAUUCAUGCCCACCUGCUCCACAAAAAGAACGACUUUGGUUUGUGGCAGUUGACCAUUGCCCCCGUUAACGGCGACUUUGCGGUUCCCCAUGACUCCAAGUAUAAAAUAGCAAUGACCUUGCCGUCUGGGGAAGUGAUCUAUCGUAUUUGUCCUUGGGCCCACCGGUGCACCCCGUCCGCCGACCCGUCGUUGUACGACGCGCGGUUCUACAACCCGCCACGUGAGCUCCAGUACCAGUUUAAGCACCCUCGUCCCGAGUUACUGGAGGAUGGUGGUGUUCGAAUCUACGAAGCCCAUGUGGGGAUUUCCACCCCUGAACCAAAGAUCGGCUCCUACAAAAACUUCACCCAAAACAUUUUGCCGGUAAUUCACCGGUUGGGUUACAACACCAUUCAGCUCAUGGCCGUCAUGGAGCAUGCGUACUAUGCUUCUUUCGGGUACCAGGUGACCAAUUUUUUUGCCAUUUCCUCGAGAUUUGGAACUCCCGAUGACUUGAAACAGUUGAUCGAUGAGGCUCAUCGUUUGGGGAUUCGCGUGUUGCUCGAUGUGGUGCACUCGCAUAGCUCCAAGAAUGUUGAGGAUGGGUUGAAUAUGUUCAAUGGAACCGACCAUUACUUGUUCCACGGAGGAAGCAAAGGGGUUCACGAUCAGUGGGACUCAAGGCUUUUCAACUACUCCAACUACGAGACGUUGCGGUUCUUGUUGUCGAACUUGAAGUACUUUUUGGACGAGUUUCGCUUCGAUGGGUUCAGAUUCGACGGGGUUACCAGUAUGUUGUAUAAGCAUCAUGGGUUAGGUUUUGGGUUCAGUGGAGACUACAACGAGUACUUCAACCCCCAGUGGGUGGAUGACGAUGCCAUCUUGUACUUUAUGUUGGCCCACCAGCUCUUGGUUGAUAAGGGGGAGAAGGAUAACUUUAGAUACUUAUCGAUUGCUGAAGAUGUAAGCGGAAUGCCUACGCUUUGUUUGCCCAUCAAACAAGGAGGUAUUGGGUUUGACUACAGACUUUCGAUGGCCAUUCCUGAUAUGUGGAUCAAGAUUUUGAAGCACUUGCAAGAUGAGGAAUGGGAUUUGGGGAACAUUGUUCACACUCUCACGAACAGAAGACACGGAGAGAACUGCAUUGCUUAUUGUGAGUCCCAUGACCAGGCAUUGGUGGGGGACAAAUCCCUUGCAUUUUGGUUGAUGGAUAAGGAAAUGUACACCAACAUGUCGGUGAUGUCAGAAAACACUCCUGUUAUCGACAGAGGUAUAGCUUUACAUAAGAUGAUCCGGUUGAUCACUUUUAGUCUUGGUGGUGAAGGAUACUUGAACUUUGAAGGUAACGAGUUUGGACACCCUGAAUGGUUGGAUUUCCCAAGAAUCGGAAACGGUGAAUCCUACCACUAUGCCAGAAGACAGUUCAAUUUGAUUGAGGAUGAUUUACUUCGUUACAAGUUUUUAUUUGCAUUUGACUGUGCCAUGCAGAGAUUGGAUUCAAACUAUCAUAUUUUGAAUUCGUCCCAAGCUUACGUAUCGCUUAAGCAUGAAGGAGAUAAAGUGGUUGUGUUCGAAAGAAAUGGGCUUUUGUUCAUCUUUAACUUCAACCCCACUCAGUCUUUCGCAGACUACAAGAUAGGAGUCCAUACUCCUGGUACCUACAGGAUUGUAUUGAACUCGGACUCUCCAGAUUUCGGAGGUCAUGACCGGGUUGGUCCCGUGAAUGCUCAAGGAGAACCAUUGAAAUUUUUCACAAACGAUGAUCCAUGGAACGACAGAGCAAACUCAUUAUUCAUCUACGUUCCUUCAAGAACCGCUUUAGUUCUUCAGUUGGAAGAAAAAGUUGUUAGCUAGAUGCUGGCUAUUCUUCCGUUUUUUCUAUAUCAAUUUCGACAUUUAUUGAAAAACUAACUACUCUUUCAACUCUUCGAACUUCCCUUCCUGCUGCCACUGCUUCACCGGAUUCUGGAAAUUCUCAAAUGUCCCUAGCUUCUCCAUUCUUUCAAACAACACAAACAACUUUUCUGCUUCUCUCUCCUUCUCUUCUUCCGUCAAGUCAUCGACAGAGCCACCACCCGAUUGGUCGGCUGGUAUGUUACCGAAAACACCGGCUCUUUUGCGGUUAUAAUCAUCUGUAUCAAGGUACUUUGAUGUGGGCUCCUGAACACUUUUUAUGUCUAUGGAUGGGUCAAGCACAAUAGAAUGGUUCUCGAGGUACUUAUGUCCAAAAACAUAUCCCACAAGUUCUAAAAAGUUGUUUUGGUGCUUGACAAUGUCUUUGUCGUAUGUUAAACUGUACAAGAUGCUGAGAAUCAAAUCUUUGGUGAAACCAGCAUUCUUGAGAUCAAAAAAGGACAGCCCAUCAGCACCAGAAAAUAUCAUGGUGGCCACGUACUGAAUGAACUCAUUGUAGACAAACUUCAGACCAUCGCUAGGGAGAAUCAACAGUGCUAAUUCUGUCAAAAGUUGGUUGAACUUAGCGGACUCGGGAUUCUGUUCAACAUCACGUUUCAACAGACUAGCCAUAUGGUCCAAAACCACCAACAUGUUCACGGCAAACCCACAGGCAACUAUACUCUUCCCUGGCUCACGUUUUAUGGUCUCCAAGUGCUCUUUUAAAAGCACAUCCAAAUUUUUGAAAAAUUCAAGGUACAACUCUAUCAGGCCCGUGUAAAGGUCUAUGGAUUUAGACUCUUCUCGCUCGCCAUGCAAAAGCAACAAGAAGUUGAGGGUGUUUUUGAUGAUCAAAUGGCCGUUUUCCGUGUGGCGUACACCCACAAACUGGUUGAUAAUUUUCAAGCAGUCGUCCGAAAACCCUUCGUCUUGUACCAACUCGGACCCAGAGUGGUACUUAUGGUGUAAAGUGUACAAACACUUCAAGAUUUCCACCACCAACAACUGGAACAUAGGAACAUUGCUAUGAUCGUCCAUAAUUGCCACAUAGCACUUAAACCCAUCAAGAAGUAUUCCAAACACGUCGUUGAUUAUAGCAUCGCAAAUCUGCUCCAACCCUCCGUAUAAGGUCAAAAACAAUAUCCGAUAAAUCGGCACCAAGCUGGCAAAGUCAUACCGGAAGUCCAGCUUCUCGGCCUCAAACUGCUUGAUUAAUUUAUCACAAUAUACAAACAGCCGUUUGGAAUAUCGAGGAAUAAAGUAUGUCAUGUGGAGGUGUCUAUUGACAAGUACGAUAUUGGAAAUGGUGGCGAUGAUCUCAACUUUUUGGUCCAAGCCGGUUUCAUAGUUAAACAACACAUCGAAUACCUUGUCAAGUUGAGACUCAGAAACACUGUUGCAAAAAGCCUGAUCUCUCCCAAGCCUUCUAAGGCUUUUGACGUCAUACAGGACAAUCUUCCCCUGGUUGUCUUCAACAAACCACAGGUUGAACAUGCUGAGGUGAUUUGAGGUUUGGGUAUUAGGAAGAUCAGGAAAGAACUUUCAGGUUGGUUUAAGAUUUCAGGA